GCAAUGCUCUGUUGUUCAUUCCAAAUUGAAGGGACGCCGCACGGCAGUAAAUUAGUCGUGCGUGGUUAUUAUUGCCAUCAAAAUUAUUAAUUCCAAACCGGAUUGUCGAACAAUAUUCGUGGCUGUACGCGGCAAUCCGGGGUAUCUACCGGUAUAUUUACCGGUAAACUAUGCUAGCAUCGCUAGCUUACUAGCCAGCAGCGACCAGCCUGUCGCGUCCUGUUCAUUUUCAUGGGCUUCCGCUCUUGAUUCUUCCAGGCUUGGGCUUGGAGCGGCGAGGCUAACAAAUUGAUGCCAUCCGCCAGGAAUUCCGGCCACAUUAUGAGCGGGGCGGGUUGCAAAGCGAACGGCGCCGUGUACCCCGCCUCGUCGGCGAUGUUGAACUCCGUGAAGAAGCCGAAGAUGGAGCAGAUUCAGGCCGACCAUGAGCUCUUCCUCCAGGCCUUUGAAAAGCCAACACAGAUAUAUAGAUUUCUUCGCACCAGGAACUUGAUCGCACCGAUAUUUUUGCACAGGACUCUUACCUUUAUGUCCCAUAGAAAUGGCCGCUCAAAUGCCAAAAGGAAAGCAUUCAAAGUAGAUAACAUGUUGCAAACUGUAGAAAGGAUGAAGGGAGAGCAGGAAUCUCCCAGUGUGUCUUCACAUCUGCAGUUAACUUUUACUGGGUUCUUCCAUAAGGAUGAAAAGCCAUCUCAGAACUCAGAGAAUGAGCAAAAUUCCGUUUCCUUAGAGGUGCUACUUGUCAAAGUCUGCCAUAAAAAACGCAAGGAUGUCAGCUGUCCAGUUAAGCAAGUGCCUACAGGUAAAAAGCAGGUGCCUUUGAACCCUGACAGCCAGCAAAGCAAGCUGGCCUCCUGUCCCUCAUUAGUGGUGUCCAGCAACGAGUUUGAACCCAGCAACAGCCACAUGGUCAAGUCCUACUCACUCCUCUUCAGGGUGUCUCGCACCAGCCGGAGGGACACCAACGGCUUGCCCAAUGGUGAAGCUAAUGAGAACAUUGAUGUGAGAGAUACUCAGAGUAGAAAGAAGAGGAACUCAUCUCUUAAGGAAGAAGGGGACACAACGGAGACAUAUGUUGCUCAAAUGACUGUCUUUGAUAAGAACAGGAGGUUGCAGCUGUUGGAUGGAGAGUAUGAGGUGUCCAUGCAAGGGAUGGAGGACAGCCCUGUGAGCAAGAAACGAGCCACAUGGGAAACAAUUCUUGAUGGCAAGAGACUUCCACCGUUUGAAACAUUUUCUCAGGGACCCACGUUGCAAUUUACUUUGCGCUGGACGAGUGACGCCAGCGGCAAGUCCACAGCCCCUGUAGCCAAACCUCUGGCUACCCGAAAUUCCGACACCUCUGGCCCUAUGGAGACCCGGACCAGCCACCACAAAACCACACCCUUGGCAUUGAAAGAGUCCGUCACUACAGAUAUCCAGACGAGAAAAGAGCUCGUUCCAUGUGAGCCACGCCAAAAGUUACGGAUAUUUUAUCAGUUCCUGUACAAUAACAAUACGCGGCAACAGACGGAGGCAAGGGAUGACCUUCACUGUCCAUGGUGCACGCUGAACUGCAGCAAACUCUACAGCCUUCUCAAACACCUCAAACUCUCCCAUUCACGCUUCAUCUUCAACUAUGUGCCUCACCCCAAAGGAGCAAGGAUAGAUGUGUCCAUUAAUGAGUGCUACGACGGCUCGUACGUUGGCAAUCCACAGGACAUCCACAGCCAACCGGGCUUCGCUUUCAGCCGCAAUGGCCCCGUCAAGAGGACUGCAGUCACCCACAUUCUGGUUUGCAGGCCCAAGAGGACCAAACCGAGCCUCUCUGAGUUUCUGGAAUCUGAGGAUGGCGAGUUGGAGCAGCAAAGGACCUAUGUGAGUGGACACAACCGGCUCUACUUCCAUAGUGACAGCUGCAUGCCGCUGCGACCCCAAGAGAUGGAAGUAGACAGUGAGGACGAGCGGGACCCUGAGUGGCUCAGAGAGAAGACCGCAACGCAACUGGACGAAUUCACAGACGUCAAUGAGGGAGAGAAAGAAGUGAUGAAGCUGUGGAACCUUCAUGUCAUGCAGCAUGGCUUCAUAGCAGACAACCAGAUGAACCAGGCCAUCAUGCUUUUCGUGGACGACUGCGGCGCUCACAUCAUCCGCCGCAACCUGUGCCGAAACUUCCUCCUGCACCUGGUGAGCAUGCACGACUUCAACCUGGUGGUCACGGCCACUAUCGACCGGGCCAUGACACGCCUGAAGCAGAUCCAGGAGGAGCUCCCGGAGGACACCGAGGAGCGGCAGGAGCGAACGCUGCUUGCGGUGGCGGGAAGCUGCAACGGCAGUGUGGCUUCCUCCGGUGUGGGGAAGCAGGGCAAGAGGACAAAAAGCGCUCUCACGGACUGAUGCAGGCUUAGUGGCCAAAAUCAUGAGUAGUCAAGGGGGAGGGUUUGUUUUUAUUUAAUUUUUUUUACCCAUUUCCACCCACAUUUCCAACCUUUUGGUGCUUCGAAGUGGUCAGCACAGCGUUUGACUGCAAACCAACCAGUAAACAAGUUUUUACAACUUGAACUCAACCAAAUAUGAACAAUGUGGAAGUGAAUCACCCACAUCUCAUGACUGAAUGAUAUCUUUGGGUGAGUGAAUAGAUUGCACGGGGUGGGGAACCCUGGCCCGUGGAAGUCCUUGAUCCAAGCCCAAGCAAAUUUUUAACCUUCAAAUGUUCCUAAUAUAUAAAAUCAUGUUUUUGUCCUCCACCCACCCUUCACCCCAUACAUUUUAUAUGAUCUGUCGAAGACUUUUAAAAUCCUAGACCUUAAACUAAUAAGAAAAAUGUUCCCCACUCUUGUUUUUGUAUGUCCUCUAAAUAUAUAAGGAUCAUCUGGAUUAAGGUUGAAACUGAACUGGUAACAUGAAUUGUGCACAUACAUGAUAACCUUUUUUUUUUAAAAACCAUUAGCUGAUUAUUUUUAGCACUUGCUGUUUUUGUAUUUAGAGAUUUUCCUUUUUCAUAACAUCCACGCUGCGCCCAAAUGUGUGACGCAGCUGUUCUUCAAUCAUCAGUGAAGAAUCAGAAAUUGUGUUUUGGUAUCACAAGACUGUGAGUACAAGAAAUGUCAAGCAGUAAAAACUCAAAAUUAGAUUUUUUUUUGCAGGAAAGUAGAGUUUUAAAAGAUUUUAGUUUCAGUGCCGGUCUACCAAAGGGGUUAUCAGUAUUUGGAGUUAUGUUUUUGGGGGGGUACUGUGAAUAUAAACUGACAGUGAUGGUUCAAUACCAACUUUGAUUUGGUAUGUUUUUAAUCUUUAAGUCUGAUUUGGUUACUUUGCUACUUUUAUCUAGUGAAGAAAAGGGAGCUUUUGUCACCUUUUAUUUACAAAAUGCCCCCUUGAGAAUCCUGUAAAGUACACUUUGGAUUUAGGGUUUUUAUAUUUAAAUAAAGACACA